AUGUAUGGCCGCUACACCCAGGAGCUGGGCGCCUACGCCAAGGAGGAAGCGGCACGCCUGCGCGAGGACGGGGCCCUGCGGCGGUCCGCCGGUGUCCGCAGCCAGACGCCAGAACAGCUGGAGUAUGAGAAGGAUCCGUGCGCCAAGUGCCAGCUGUGUACGUCUCGCUGUCAGAGAUUCUUGAUUUCCCGGGUUGGUGAAGACUGGAUCUUCCUCAUCCUCCUGGGGCUCGUCAUGGCUCUGGUCAGCUGGGUCAUGGACUACACCAUCGCCUUCUGCCAGCAAGCACAGAAGUGGAUGUAUGGAGGCCUGGACAGUAACAUGCUGCUGCAGUAUCUGGCCUGGGUCACUUACCCUGUGGUCCUCAUCACCUUCUCCGCAGGGUUCACACAGAUACUCGCACCGCAGGCUGUGGGUUCUGGGAUUCCAGAAAUGAAGACCAUCCUGCGAGGAGUGGUGCUGAAAGAGUACCUGACCUUCAAGACAUUUGUGGCCAAAGUCAUUGGCCUGACGUGCGCUCUGGGCAGCGGCAUGCCUCUGGGCAAAGAGGGGCCGUUCGUCCAUGUUGCCAGUCUGUGUGCUGCUCUGCUGAGUAAAUUCAUGGCCCUGUUUGGAGGAAUCUACAUGAAUGAACUGAGGAAUACGGAGAUGCUCUCUGCGGCGUGUGCGGUUGGAGUUGGCUGCUGCUUUGCUGCCCCUAUUGGAGGUGUGCUGUUCAGCAUUGAAGUGACGUCCACCUUCUUCGCUGUGAGGAAUUACUGGAGGGGUUUCUUCGCUGCCACGUUCAGUGCCUUCAUCUUCAGGGUGCUGGCAGUGUGGAACAAAGACGAGGAGACCAUCACCGCUCUCUUUAAAACGCGCUUUCGUCUGGACUUCCCGUUUGACCUGCAGGAGCUGCCGGCGUUCGCAGUGCUCGGCAUCGCCAGCGGAUUCGGAGGGGCUCUGUUUGUCUACCUGAACAGGCUGAUCGUGGAGUCUAUGAGGAAGCAGAAGACCAUCAAUAAGUUUCUGCUGAAGAAGAGGCUGGUGUACCCUGCUCUGGUCACUCUCCUGGUGUCCACCCUCACUUUCCCCCCAGGAUUUGGGCAGUUUAUGGCUGGCCAGCUGACUCAACACGAGUCAUUAGUGGCACUGUUUGAUAACCGAACGUGGUACAAGCAAGGCGUGGCGGAGGAGUUUGAGUACGCCAGCCACCCUCAGGCCUGGAAGCACCCGCAGGUCAGCGUCUUCAUCACCCUCCUCCUCUUCAUCGUCAUGAAGUUCUGGAUGUCAGCUGUGGCCACGACCAUGCCAGUGCCGUGUGGAGCCUUUAUGCCCGUCUUCCUCAUUGGUGCUGCAUUCGGCCGAUUGGUCGGUGAAAGCAUGGCGGCUGUCUUCCCUGAAGGCAUUCACACCGACAGCACCGUAUAUCCCAUAGUUCCCGGUGGCUAUGCUGUCGUAGGGGCUGCGGCACUCUCCGGAGCGGUCACUCACACAGUGUCCACCGCCGUCAUCGUGUUUGAGCUGACCGGGCAGAUUUCACACAUCCUGCCUGUGAUGAUUGCCGUUAUUCUGGCCAACGCCGUGGCCCAGAGCCUGCAGCCCUCGCUCUACGACUCCAUCAUCAGAAUACAGAAGCUUCCGUAUCUGCCCGAACUGGGCUGGGGGCAGGAGAAGUAUAAUAUCCGUGUGGAGGACAUCAUGGUGAGAGAUGUGCGCUUCAUCACGCUGUCCUCCACUUAUCGAGACCUGCAGGAGGCUCUGCUGGCCGGGCACCUCAAAACUCUGGCCCUGGUGGAGUCUAGAGAGUCCAUGAUCCUGCUGGGCUCCAUCGAACGUUCCCAGCUGCAGUCCUUGCUCUCAGAGCAGCUGGGCCGGGCCCGCAGGCUGGAAUACCUGCGAGAACGUGCUCAGGACAACGGCACCCACGUCCCGUCCUUCUCCCAGGAUUCCUCGCCCAAGGCCAGCCGCGGCGUCCGCUUCCUGAUUUCCACUGAGGAGUCCUCCUACAGCCCGACUCUGACCAACUCUCAGAUUCCCCUCAAAUCUGCUCUCAAGACAGUGUCUUCAAUCAGCAACACGGAGACCCUGAACAGCUCUCCGAGUGUGUCCUGUGGGGAACCAGCGAAGGAGCAGGAGGAGAGCAACGCUGGCUCCGUGGCUCCUAAGAGGAGCAGGAGGCCCAAGCGUGUGAGGAUAACUAUGGCGGAUGGUCCUGAUGUUGAAGAUGACAUGUCGACAGCAGAGAUAGCCGAGUGGGAGGAGCAACAGCUGGAUGAAUCUGUCAAUUUCAACAACUGUAAGAUAGACCCCGCCCCCUUCCAGCUUGUGGAGCGCACAUCUUUACACAAAACACACACUAUUUUCUCCCUGCUCGGUCUGGAUCAUGCCUACGUGACGAGUACCGGGAGGCUUGUCGGAGUGGUCUCUUUGAAAGAGCUGCGGAAGGCCAUCGAAGGCUCUGUGACAGUAACGGGAGUGAAGGUCCGCCCUCCGCUGGCCAGUUUCCGUGACAGCGGCACCAGCAGCAGCGUUUCCGAGGUUACCGAGCUCCACAAGCUCUGGAGUCGUCACAAGAGCCUGUCGUUGCCGCGGGAACCAAACCUCCCGGACCUGGGGGACCAGUUGGAGCAGCCGUCCGAGGGCAGCCUGGUGAACGAGACGGACUGCACUGAGCUGUCCAGUCAGAACAGCCCAUUACACACGGAGGACCAAUCAGAGAUCACCUACGCUGAUGCCACGCCCUCAGAGGAGCACCAGUCAGAGCUGCCCUGCGACAGUGACUCCACCCACCACCUUGAGGACUUCUCAGAAACGGCCAGCGAAGAUGGCUUGGUCCAAAACGACGAACUUGCUUGUGAGGGUAGUCCCUCAAUCGCUGGUGACCAGCCAGAAUGACGGCUGGCUUUUUAUUGGUAAUGCACACUCCAUAUAUUCUGAUAAGCAGCUUUUUGUGAAUUCAGGGUGAAGAGGCCAUGUGGAAGGAGCUUAUCGUCUCUGUCAUAACAAAACCUUGCAUCUCC